UUGAAACAUUUGUGUUCAAUAAAUUUGUUCUGUUCAUAAAAGAUGCCAAAAAAAAGUGAAAAAGAAAAUAUAAUUGUAUAUUUAUUGGAAAAUGCUUCUGAUAAAAUUAUGUUGAUUGAAAGUGAUGCAGAAAGUGAAAACGAAGAUGGUGUCGAUGAAAUCCUUGUUGAACUUUAUGAAGAAUUGUUGUUAGUCCUGGCUGUUUGUCGUCGAUUAACUAUCACUGUGCCUAAAUCAAUUGACUGGCGUGAGAACAUUUUAUCAACAUUGGACAGCGAUCGUUUCCGCCAAAUGUUGAGAAUGGAAAGACAUCAAUUCGAUCUUUUGCUUUCCUUAAUUAGUGAUGAUGAAGAGUUUCAAAAACCACAUGCGUGCAAACAAUUCUCAAUUGGACUACAACUGGCCAUUGUUCUCUACCGUUUAGGUUCAUCAGGUGAAAACGCAUCUGAUAGGAAAAUUGCAACAACUUUGGAGUUGGAGAUGGAGGUACAUUGAGCAAAAUUACUAAUAGAGUUUUUCGAGCUCUAAUAAAACAGCUACCCAAGUAUAUAUUUUGGCCAAACAAUGAAGAGAGAAAAAAAAUCGUUGCCGAAACUUAUCAUAAGCUACCAUUAUGCAUAGGCUAU